AGAUGAUGAGAAGUUCCCUUGCCAAGUGUUCAAAUAGGCUCCAUAAUGCCUUGAAAAAACAAUCCGUUCCAAUGAAUUUUCUUCUUUCCGAUAAAACAAUAUUGCCAAAUGUCAUUACUCAACAAUUGACAAGAGAAUACAAUUCAAGAUCAAAUAUUUUGAUGAAUGAAAGUGCACUUCCAAAGGUUGAGAAACCAUUGGCUGAAAUACCAUUGGAAGGAAAAACUGAUUUGGAAAUUAAAGAUCCAUCAUUGAUCUUUGCUCGUGUGAUCAAACAUUUGGAAGAUAAAUUCGGAAGAAAGAGAUUAUACUUUCCAAAGGAAAUUUAUUGGCUAGUUGGAGCUCCAGGAGCUGGAAAAGGAACAAUGUUAAAAUUUAUUAAUUCACAACGUGGUUUGACAUCCAAGCCAAUUACUGUUAGUGAUUUGUUGAAUAGUGAGGAAAUGAAAAAGAUUAAAGAUUCUGGAAGAUUGAUUAGUGAUGCUCAAGUGAUUGAAGCUGUUUUUACCAAAUUGUUGGAUCCAGAAUAUGAGAAUGGUGUGAUUGUGGAUGGCUUUCCUCGUACUCCUGUUCAAGCUCAAUGUAUUGCCUUACUUUAUGAUUUAAUGUUGCAAUUUAGACAUGAAUUUCAAUCAGACUCGGUUGUAUCUCAAAAAUUUAGAAGACCUAGCUUUAGACUUUGUGUCUUGUUUGUUGAUGAAAAGAUUUCAGUUGAAAGACAACUCAGUAGAGGAAGAAAAAUUAUUGAAAUGAAUAGAAUUGCUACAGAAACUGGAUAUGGGAAUCUUCAAGAAGUUAGAAGCACUGAUGUUGAUGAUGACGCUGCCAAGCUCAGAUACAAAUACUUUAGAGACACCAUUUAUGAAUCCAUCAAGAGCUUGCAAGAUAAAUUCCCUUACAAUUUCAUUGAUGCUUCAGGAUCAGUUGAAGACACUGCUGAAAAUAUUACCAAGGAAUUGGCCUACCAAUCCUCAUUAGAAUUGGGUAAAACUACUUUUGAUUUAAUUUCAUCCAUUCCAACAGCUGAUGAAAUUACCAUGCAUGCCAGACAAUUACUUGUUAGAAGACUUGAUGGAUACUCCUCUAGAAAUGCUGAACUCUUCAAGAAAGUUCUCCAAGUCAUCAAAUCUGAAUUUAUACACAUUCUCCAAAGACAAGCACUAUCUGGAGUUGCAAUUAUUAGAAGUGAAAAUCCUGUUUUCAAGGAAAAUCCACUUGCAGUUAAUAUUUUAAUGGACGUACUAACUGAGAGAGGAUUCCAAGUCAUUCUCGAUUAUGAAAGAAAAUUAGUACCAUCAAGAGUUGAUCCUUUUGAUCACUCAAUCAUUCACGAACCUGUUCGAAUUUUCCACUUUGAAAUUCAAUUUGAAAAACCAAGAAUUAGAGAAUAAUCUUGUAUUUAAUAUUGUAUUAUAGGGCUAUUUGAAUAAACAGAUAGGGUCUCCUUUUGCC